AUUCGAUGCUCUGUAUCACCCUCUGAAACCUCUUUACCGCAAGAUGAUACAUCUAAACAAAUGUCAAAAAACGCAUCUGAUACCGAUUCAAAUUCUGGCGUAUGUCAGAAGUCGAAGACUCGUAAAUCAUUGGAAGGUGAGGAGAUUAUUCAGGCCAUUAAAGAAAAGAAACUUCGGGAUCAAGACUUAUCUUCUAUUAAUCAAGACCAAACUAGAAAAGACACGUAUAUUUCGAAUCAGGAAUCUCCUCCUAUUGUUCAGGUACGAAAAGCAGAGUUUCAUUCUUCUGAAGUAAAAAUACCAUACAAUCAGAAAAUAGAGCAGGGUAUAAUUCAAGAAGUAAUCCUAUUUAUUCAAAAAGAAAAAAUACUUACCUCAUUAACCAAUACUCCUAAAACUCAAGAUAGCGAUAUAGAAGUGAGUGAAGAUAAAAAUGGACGUGAGCUAGCUCGAUUAUUUUCCGAUGCUGAAAUUGCAGAAGGAAAAACAAUAAAGGCUAAGCAGAAAGAAAUCAUAUGUUGGUGUACUUAUAGAAAAUCGUACCAAAACACUGUUGCUGAAAUUCGAACUAAAACUGGUGUCAGUGAGAAAACCGCAAAGAAAGUUAAAGGUAUAGGUAUUGAUAAAGUUUACGGAAUUUCAUACGGAACAAGAAGUAUAUCAGAAUUAACCGAUACCCAAAUUUUAAAUAUUAUAAAUCGUAUAGCAUCAAUCGUGACCAAAAAUAAGGAAAAUGGUCACGAUCAAAAUUAUGUGACUACAGAAACCAAGAAAACCUUGUCUGAAGCAGAG